UAUUCAAAGCAGGACAUUAUCAGCAGUAAAUUAAUCCAUAGGAAAAUAGCAAUGGAUUCCAUCUUCAGUGUUUUGUUUCCAUUACUUCUUUUCACUGUGGUCCCAGUAUGGCCUUGUUUCAGAUCAUGUUGCAAGUGUGGAAGCAUGACACCACAAGAUCCAUACAUACUACUUGACUCAGAGCUGGUCUUGAAGUGCACUAUCAACUCCUCUGCUCCUUACGAUUCCUCAAGAUUGUAUUUCUCAAUUAAACCCAAUAAUUUAUCCAUUCCUGAGAAGGAAAUCCCUAUGAACUAUACCACCAUUAUCAACAAUAAGACCAUAUCAUUAAGGAAGACUAUGAGAUCACUAGAGGAGGCGGGCUACUAUUCCUGUAAGAUUAGAGAUGUUCAGCAGUCUAUCAGUACAGUUGACAGGCAGGUGGUAGAACUAGAGUAUCCUCUCCGAAAUGUGACAAACUUCCAUUGUGAAAUCUAUGAUUGGGAUGUAAACAAGACCUGCACCUGGGAUCUUGGAUACUAUGCUAAUCCAAACAACAUCAAUGUUACUCUGUAUGGGAAACACUGUUUUGGUGUCAGGACUUGUAAAAAAUCCAUGUUCAUAAAAUGUCCUUCUCUAAGCCCAAAGCAGUGCAGAUGGCAUUUUGGGUCAUCCAACUUUGACAGUAGAUAUUUUCUGGUCUAUUUGUUGGUGAGAAAUCUUAAGCUAAAAGACCUGAUACUACGCUUCACAUUCUGGCUAGAAGUAGAAAAUCUAGUGAGACCGUCUCCAGUUAAAUCCUUGAGUGUUUACAACAUGACAGAUAAAGACUGUGUGAAUGUAACCUGGGAAUAUAAUCGACCAAAUCGGGUACAGGCAGUGGAGAUAAGGUACUCCAAACACCAGAGAGACAAUGCUUUAGUUAAGACAAUGAUAUUGAAGAACAGUGCUGUCAAUGCUACAGUAUGUAACCUAACUGCCUACACUGACUAUAUGUUUGAGAUUCGAGUUAAACCACAGAACUAUGCUGGAAAGAUUACUGGCUAUUGGAGUAAAUCUACCAGAAAACUCUUUAAAACCAUUGGUGAUAAUCCAAGUGCAGCCCCUGUACUUGCCUUAGGAAGUUACAUCAAUGAUCAAGAACAUUGUGUCAGUGAUAUGGAUGACCGUCGAGUUGUAGUUUUGUGGAAGUCAAUAACAAAUAUGGAAUCCCACGGAAAAGACACGUACUACGAAGUCCACUACCGUCAGAUUGGGGACACAAGGACAGAUAAAAUGGUGGUCAAGGAGAGGAUAAUGAAAGUAGACUUGGAUCUCAAGUGUAGAAAGGGCUACAACAUCCAGGUCUAUGCUGUCAAUGAGUUUGGCUUGUCUUCUGUGUUUGGAUCUAUUCAUAUUCCACCCAAUGGGACUUUAGAAGUGCCAAAAAAUGUUCAGGUUGAGACUGAUAACAAAAUUGUUAAUGUUUCCUGGGACUACAAUCCACAGAAAAAUGUCAACUUCACUGUCUACUGGUGUAGCAAACGAGGACUGAGAAAAGAAGUCAGCUGGAAAAUAGCAGGGUUUGGGAAGUCUUCCAUGGUAUUUAAUGCCAAGGAUUUUCAUGAGAUCAGUGACCUCAAGUUUGGCGUAUCAGCUGAUUCGCUGACCGACAACAUCAGUAGUGGAUUUGAAUGGAUUACUUGUGUUUACAAUAGCAAUGAAGCACCUGCAUCUCCAAGGAAGGUUUCCAUUUUAUCCAACAAAAAUGGCCUGGUCAUCAACUGGAUUCCACCUACCUGUGAUGGUUUAACCUCCAAACCAGUCAAGUAUCAACUCUCCUGGUGUCAAACAAAGGAUAAAUCUGACAUUUGUCAAGGUCCUUUGAUGACCAGGUAUAUCCAGGCUCACGAUUCUGUGGAUUAUGUCUAUCAGUUAUCAGAGGGGGAUAUAGAGAUGUCCAAGUGGUAUGGUAUUGUCAUCAGAUCCAUUUCCAGUUUGGAGAAGGUGUCUCCUCCAACAGAUAUGUUUCAUGGCAGACCAAUCAGAACCUAUAUGAUCACUGAGGAGAUUAUAGGAAUUGCAUUAGCAGCUGUCAUUGGUUUGAUUUUCUUUGCUGUUGGUGUGUUGUUUAUCAUUAAACACUGUUACCAUGCUGUGAAGAGUGCUGUAAAACUAGAUCCCAUUCAUCUACCCACAGUUCAAACUAGCAACACAGCAGGGAGUGGUGUAUUGUCUGCUUACAAAGAAAACUCGACAGAGACUGAGCCUCAAAGUCCAAUACAAAUACCCCAAUCUACCUCACCCCUCAUCAAACAGAAUGGGGUCCCUUUCCAAUUUCAGUACAGCAUGGACAGUGGAAGAGGCAGUCUUCCAGUGGAGGAUUUCCUGGAUCAUGACCUCAAACACCAUCCAAUUCCAGAGAUUGCUACUCCCAAUGGAUCCAUACCAAAAGACCCAGUUCCAUUUCUUUCUCUAUCCUCACCUUUAUCAUCACCAAGCCAUGAAAGUUGCUUGAAUGUGGAGGCAGUUGAUAACUGCCUUAAAGCCAGCAGUUUUGAAGGAAGUGUAGAGUGGACCUCCUCCCCUGCUCACUAUAGAACAAUUUGCCAAGACACAGAAUCUGACUCUUCAUCGGAUGAGACUAGUAGUGUGGCCAGUGAGAUGCAAGAAGAAGAAAUUAAACCUUAUGUUAAAGCUGGCUCUCAUAGUUCCUUGGACAAUAUGGUCACAUUGCCUGGCUACAUGAAUGAUUGUGUCACCUCAGGAUCACCAGAAUCAGAUGGAGAAAGGCAUGUGAAAUGUUGCUCAACAACAAACAAAUUACUAACACACUCCUCACUAAAAGUAACAAACUGUAUCUGCUGUAUAGAGCGAGAAAAUGUUAGUCAGAACUUAGCUAAGAAGACAUCUCUACAAAAUACCUCGCCAAUGCUCAAAGUUCAAGUCAUAUCAAGUAGUACUCAUCCUAACCCUGCAUUUGAUCAAGGUGAAUUGCCAUCCAAUGGAGUGAUGAAACUCCCUGCUCUAGAAAUGUGUAACAUUCUAAUGGCUGUUGACAGCUCUUGUUCAAUAGAGAAAAGACUGUGUGCUGAUGAGGUGGAUAAUGUAUCAGUGAAUUCAACUGAUUCCACAGACUCCCAAACUUCAGCUGAUAAGGACAUGGGCAGUGUUUUAACUUCCAGUGGUGAUAUGAUGGCCAGUUCAGACUAUUUACCUGUAGAUUCAGUACAGUUUGGUUCCUCAUGUUUUUCUCUAUAUGAUAGUAGCACUUAUGUUUCUUGAUUCUGUUUGUCAUUUCAAUAUUCAAUGUCCAAUUGUAAAAAUGUCCAAAAUAAGGGUUUAACAUGAGGUGCCUCAUAAAAUUAUUUUCAGAGAGAAUGAAGUAUUUUUUGU